UUCCAUUGCAUUUGGGGUGCAUUUAUCAGGUUUCCGGAGCUUAUGGCGAAGGAGGGACCGGAGGUGAUGAUCGGAGAUGGACCAGAAGGAGAUCGGAGUAAUCGGAUGGCAAAACAAGCAAGACGGAACAGAGCCUUGAGCAAAAGGAAACAGAGUGCUUGA